GGAGGGGGUGGUCGCAUUGUCUGUCGGGACGGUGGCGCUGUGUGAAUUUUUGCCGUCUGCCAGGAACGGGCUCAGUAUUAGGUUAUGAAGUACACCCAUACUGUGGAUAGAUUCGCGAACGUUAGUGUAAGCGCUGUUCCCUUUCCCAUCUUUGUUUAGUUUCUGUAACGGUAAGACAAACCAACCCUAACUAGCUAGAGCAAGUGCUUGUUGCAUUCAGCCGGUGAGAGGAGGCGCUUGAUCGCGGAUCGGGGUCGAGAGUGGCCGCCCGGUGCAGAGCCGAAGGCGGCCGAUGACUUCGGAGAGUAGCAGCCAAGCACAACAGAAGGAGGAGGUCGAGCCAGGACCAGUAGCCCGAGAUCAAGAGGAGAAAACCGGCGAGGAGCUCGGCGGCAUGGUGACCACCAAGGGGGCCGGUCUAAAUCCCAAUGCUAAAGUGUGGCAGGAAGUGUCUGCACCAACCACCCAGGCCCCGGAGGCGGCCAUAGAGACGUGCCAUUGGCCAGAAGGAGAAACUGUCUCUACUGAGGAGUCAGAGGGUUUCAAGGAGUAUGUUGUUGGCUAUUGUGACUCUGAGUCAGCCCCUCCUAUGGAGAGCAGCAUGUUGAAUGGCAUUGAGUCAGCAGAACUGGCUUACCCACUCUACGAACCAGUGGAGGGUGAGACCGUUGAGGAGCAGCCGCCACUGUCUGAAGAGAGUCUGAAGGAGUCGUUGAAGAAGCAGUUAGAAUUUUGCUUCUCAAGGGAGAAUCUCUCCAAAGACCUUUACCUGAUAUCUCAAAUGGACAGUGAUCAGUUUGUCCCUAUUUGGACCAUUGCGAACAUGGAGGGGGUCAAACUGUUGACUACUGAUAUGGACCUUAUUCUUGAGGUGUUACGAGCCUCUCCCAUGGUGCAGGUGGAUGAGAAAGGUGAGAAAGUACGGCCAAACCACAAGAGAUGCAUCAUCAUCCUCAGAGAAGUUCCUGAGACCACACCUGUCGAGGAGGUGGAGGCACUUUUUAAAAGUGAGAAGUGUCCGCAAGUCAUCAGUGUGGAGUUUGCGCACAAUAACAACUGGUACAUCACAUUCCAGUCUGACACCGAUGCUCAACAGGCUUACAGAUACUUGCGUGAGGAAGUCAAAACCUUUCAGGGCAAACCAAUUAUGGCUCGCAUCAAGGCCAUUAACACGUUCUUUGCUAAGAACGGUUAUGGGGCCGUUGACUCUGGAGUGUACUCCACUCCAUCACAGUACUCGUCUCCAGUUUACCUGCAGCAGGUGUACCAGCCUCCGCAGCAGUACCCUCUCUACAGCCUUCUGCCACAGACGUGGACCCCUUCACCCACCCCUUAUUUUGAAACGCCUCUGGCUCCAUUUCCCAACAAUACAUUUGUUAAUGGCUUUGGCACAGCAGGAAACUACAAAACUGGCUCGUCUCCAAUCAGCCUUACACGCAACUACUCCCGCCACCGACUUCCACUUUAUUCCAGAAAGAAUGUAAUCAAUGCCUUCAGGAAUCAUGUAAAGCCACUGCCUCGUGCUGAUGCGAGUCAGCUGACGGAGACUUCGUCCGGUGCCGGUAGUCCUCAGCCCCCAUGCACCCCCACUUCAGACACCACUGCCUCCACCCUCACCCCGCUCUCUGAACCGCCAGUUUCCCCCAGAGAGAACCACCUCUCCGAACUCUGCAUCAGCGGCCGGGCCAGGAGAGGAAGCUAUCGUGGCAUGAGGAGGAGAAGAGAAGAUGAAAGGAUGAGGCAGAAUCCUGAAUCAGAGGUGAAAACUCCGCCUCCAAAGUUUGACCUCGCAACCACUAACUUCCCGCCUUUACCAGGAGGUGUGCCGAGUUGUCUGCCAGGUGUGAGCAUGCAAACGGAGUCUGUGUUGGAGAAUCGCAUGGCAGAUGUAGUUAAGGGCAUCAGCAGGGACAAGCCUGAAACAAAUAAGCAAGAUGUCAGUCAAGAUCCCAGAACAUGUCAAGUGGAAGCCCAGUCGACCGGACUCUCCGCUCCAGCGCCAAAGCUUCCCGCCACAAAACAGGACACGCCUAACACUAGUGCGUCACAGCAAGUGAAGAAACCAGAGAAAGAGGUUCAGACCUCUGACACGCCUCAAGAGCCUGCAUCAGUGACCACACACCACCACGUCCAGCCCAUUUCCGCCCCAAAACCUUUGCGCAGCCAAUCAACCUCCAGCACUGAAACGUCUACUCCACCUCUGCCAUCAAUCGCAUCUUCACAGGAUUUAUUGACUCCUCAGGAGCCUCGCAAGCUGAGCUAUGCAGAGGUGUGUCAGAGGCCACCCAAAGACCCUCCCCCUCCACCAGUAACCCCACCCAGCCCCAGUCCCACCGCAAACCAACCUCUACGUGAACUUCGAGUCAACAAAGCGGAAGGCCCAGCUUCAUCCCGCUGCAGCCCCGGUGAGAAAAUGGAGAAAGGAAGCGAGAGUCGGACGCCCAGAGAGCACACUGGCUACCAACGUGGUAAUGGUCCCAGAGGGUCAGCCUUUAAGCUCAGAGAGCAACAGAGACGACCUCCACAGGGUCGGCGCACCUCGCCACAGUCGGGGUACAACAGACGCAGUGGAAAAGAACAGAACAUCCCACCCAGAUCGCCAAAUUAAUGCCUCUUAUGCCCACGACACAUGCACAAUUGUGUGUAUACUUGGAUACACAUCUUAUACAUAAAGGAAGAGUAUAUAAAUCUAUAUAUAUAUCUAUAUAAAAUCUACAUAUGAAAACUGGACUGUCGCACUGUGGUGUCGAAGAAUCCUCUGCCUCCUGAAUGACUUGAAAUCUGGGAAGUUGAUUCUUAAAAAUGCAGGCGAAAACGAGGAACUUUAGGAAGAUGAAGAAAACCUCUUACACUUGAACUGAGAAAUGGAGGCCAUGCUUCCUGUGUUGUCUGAUUUACAGCGAUUAAUUAGCUUGUGAAUGAGUUUUUACUUGGAGUGUUUAAGGUCCUGGCACUAGUGUACAAUGUUGUACUUUUUAUUUUAUUAUCUAGGAAUGAUAGAUCUGUUGGUGAGAUCAAGCACAUGUUUUUGUAUGCAACAGAUCACACAAAGACGGCAUAAUACCGCCCCCCAACGGUCCAUAUUUCACCUUUGUGUGUGCUUGUGCACUGGCUGGGGGGAAAUCUGAUUCAGAUGUGAUGCUCUCCCAAAUAAUAGUGAUUAAUAUUUAAUUUAUUAAUAACAUGCGCAAGAUUAAACAUUUACAGAUAUCGAUAGAAGGUUCCCACUGCUCACUGUCCUUGGAAAAACAGGGAAUUUCAAAAGUGGGAUUUGCAGGCUUGGGGGAAAAAAAUCUUAGAAAUGAAUAAAAUAACUAAUGUAAUAAAUAUCAGUUAUUUAUACAGCUAGAAAUUACUCCAAUGUGAUGAGUGGAUCUCUCUAAGAUAAUUUCUAAAACAAUCCUUAUGUUGUCAUUAAAAACGUCUGGAAAAGUCAAGGGAAUGUUUUGGUCGACUGUGUGGGAACCCUGUCGAUAUGUGCCAUGCAGUUUCAAACAACUCUCAAGCAGGCUUUAAGGGUUUGGCCGGAUUCAGAAAGCUAAAGCACUUUGUGAAUUAAUUCAAAUUUAAACAUAUGAGGUGUUUAUUGAUUCUAAAACUGGAGGACAAGUGUAUGCUGUUCUGACAAAGAAAGAGGGAAAGUUGUAGGUUUGAAGGACGCAUUUAGACUGCUCAAGACUGACGAAUGGAUGAAAUGGUACUAAACAUCCAUAGAAAAAAGAUCCAGACAAAUAUAAUACAAUUUAAGGUGAUUUUGAGUUGGUGUGUCGUGCUGUAUAAUGUCGUACGGUGUCAUCUGUGAUGUACAGUGUUUUUGAAUGCUGGGUCUGUCAGUAAUGGGAAGAUCAAGCUGCUUUUAUGCUGAAAGAAUGAAUAGAUAUUAUUGUGUAAAUGAGCUAAGCCACUGUUUGUCUUCCUCUUCCUUUGGAGUGAAAGUCUUGAUGGUGUUUCUAAACUGUCAGCCUUUGUUUUGUUUUGUUUUGUUUCCCGUCUGCUGUAGAUGCUGGUGACAAUAAUCAGGUUGGAUUUUAUAUGCUAUGAGUUAGUGUGCUGCUUUGGAGUUGCUGUUCAUGUCCUAGUCUGUGAUGUAUGUCAGUCUAUGUUGUGUGUUUUCCUUCUGUUUGUUUGAUUAAUAAUAAUCUGUAUUUGAUGCUUGUUUAUGCCUGUACAUUUCAGGUGUGAUUACAUGAAAUAUACCUGCUACAGAGCUCAUUAUUUACCCGUGUUAUCCAGUCUCAUGUCAGCCUUGGUAAAAGAGAGGGAACUCAGGACUUCAGAGGAAAUUGGUGAUGUGUAUGACUGCAAAUUUUUGUCUAAUACUUAUUGCAGGUUUUUUUUUUUUUUUUUUUUGUAGUCUUUUGAAUUCAGUAAUCGCAUUAUACUGUUUAGGGGUCUUAAGUUUCUGUUAAUAAUGUGUAUUUGAACGUUUAAAAAAAUGUUUAAUCAAAUGACACUGUUAUGCAUGAAUCUCUCCUCAAUUCGAUGUUGUCCCCUCUUUAUCUCAUUCUCAUGUAUGGAUGGGUUGUGCACAGAUCCAGACCAAAGUCAAAUCAGCAGAGAGACAAUCUCAGAAGUGCUGUUUAAAUGCAGUAGCUCUUCCCUCACACCCCUCUUACCGUAUUCUGCCUUGGGCAGGGCCACUGUUUGAGUGAGUGUUUAUAAUCAUGAUUGUUGAACUAUGUAUGUUUUAGAUUUUGAAAAAUGUGCGUGUGUGUGUGUGUGUGUAACGUUAUAAUGGUGUCCUAAUGAAUAAUUUCUUAAUCCCCUACUUUUAAUUUGAUUUUAGAAGAACCAUCGGAGAGAAAUUUUAUGCAUCAGUUUUCUCUUUUCAACUUUCAUUGUGGCUUUCUUGCCCAAACAUUUGUGUGUUGUUAGUUUGAGGUUUUUUUUUCUUUUCUUUUUUUUUUUUCUCGAUUUUUAUUUUCUGUUUUGCAAUAUUAUACUUGGGCGCAAAUUAUGUAGAGACUGUGCCACUAAAAUUAGAAAAAUCAGUGGAACUGGUUUUAUUUUUUUAUUAUUUUAAUGGAUUUGAUUAAUAAGUGGUUGGUGAAAUGAUUUUGUUUUGUUCCUAAUCUUAUAUCCUGUGUAGGCUGUAAGCAUUUACAUUUAGACACCAUGAAAUGGCACGGUUACAAGUAGCAAGUCUUUAGCCGAAAAAAAAAGUAUUCAUCCUUUCUUUUUAAUCUUUAUAGGGGGAUAGGCUCUGUCACAGGAGAUAGGUAUAGCAACUGCUGAGUGAACUGUUUUGGAUGAUAUUGUAGAUGUUCAAUGAAAAUGCUUAAGGAAAUGGAAGAAAAUAAAUAAAUGAUAAAAUGAUUUUAA